AUGAGCGUCCGAGUCGUUGCGCGUGUCCGACCUCUUCUCAAGUCCGAGCGAGAACUCGAUGUCAUUGUUCGCACCGGUACAUCUGCCAUCACCACCGAGGCCAAACUCCGAGAGACCGAAAAUGGCGACCAAAAGCUGGCCGCGUUGAGAGACCGGGAUAACGUCGUGCGGAUCCCCAACCCCAAGAACGAGGGCGAGGAAUAUACCUUCAACUUCAAUGCCGUCUACGAUUCCGACGUGGUGCAGCAGGAGCUUUUUGACGCGGAAGUCGCGCCCACCAUAAAACACCUCUUCAAUGGAUUCGAUGUCACUCUCUUCGCAUACGGGGUUACUGGAACUGGGAAAACACAUACCAUGCGCGGCGGUAAAAGCCUUGCGGACAGAGGUGUAAUCCCGCGUCUCCUGAGCGGUAUCUACAGACGCAGUCGGAAAAUCGAAAAGGAUACCAACGGCGAAACGACGGUUAAGGUGUUAUUGAGCUACUACGAGAUCUACAAUGACAAGGUUUACGAUCUGUUUGAACCGCCAGAGAAGCGCACACUGGCCGGCCUGCCACUACGGGAUAACGGCGGCAAGACAGUGGUUUGCGGGCUGACCGAGAAGCCAUGCACAAAUCUGAAGGAGUUUGAAGGGCUUUACGACCAAGCGAACAACAACCGGUCAACCUCUGCCACCAAGUUGAACGCCCACUCCUCUCGUUCGCAUGCAAUUCUUGGCGUAAAGAUCGCCAUCACCUCGUCCGACAAGACCAUCGUCAGCAAAGCCUCUGCCAUUGAUCUAGCAGGCUCGGAAGAUAAUCGCCGGACGGAGAAUGACAAGGAGCGUAUGGUGGAGUCGGCCAGUAUCAACAAGAGUCUCUUCGUUCUUGCACAGUGUGUCGAGGCAAUCACCAAAAAGCAGCACCGUAUUCCGUACCGCGAGUCAAAGAUGACCCGAAUUCUGUCCCUGGGUCAGAACAAUGGCCUCACCGUGAUGAUACUCAACCUGGCUCCCGUGCGAUCGUACCAUUUGGACACAAUCAGUUCCCUGAGUGUCGCCAACCGUACCAGGAAGAUUGAAGUGCGCGAAAUUGAGAAUGAUCCGAUCUUCAAAGGACCUGCCAGGCCAUCCAUGCGACCUUCAUUGGCAGCCUCUCGUCAGCCGUUGCGCCCUCUUACUGCAACCGUCAACGUGAACAUGCCUGCCCCUGCCCCAAAGGAUUCGGCCAAGAAGGAUGAGGAAAAGCCGCUGAAGGCUUUCAGCGUGUUCUCUGACCGGCCAACACAUAAACCCCUCACGCAGAUCCGUAAACCUGAGCCAUCCAAGAGAUUGUCUUUCUACGCCGAUGGGCCCACCAUGCGCUCCAUCAAGCCGCCGCGCCAGACGCUGGCCCCCAUCUCCGAACCUAGCCUUGGUGAUCUUUCUGCGGCUAAAAUCGAGGAGAUGGUCGAGAAGAAAGUUGAAGAGAUGCUUGCGAUCCGAGCUGUGAGCGAACAGUCGCGCCAUAAUCAGGCACAGGAACUGAACGACCAACUUCAACGCCGUCUGGCCCAGUUAGAACAGCGCAUCGAAGGAACCGAGGAUGCGCGCGCAGAGGGACUUUCUUAUCUUCUCAUGGCUAAGCAGCACCAGGCCCGUGGCGAGAACAGCUCCGCUCUCAAAAUGUAUCAACUCGCGUUACCUCAUUUCCCUCAUAACGAGAAGCUGGUCUCCAAGAUUGCUGAUCUGAAAGAGCGUAUGCAAGGGAAGCCUUCAGCUCGGCCUUCCGUCACACCUGCAUCCCCUCCUCCCAAGGGUAGAUUCGGAAGCAUGCUCUCCCUGAAGAAGGAGCCUACCCUCACUCUUGGAAAGCGCCAGGCAGAAGACGAGUCCUUCAUGGACCACACUGUGGAUGUCAUCUCGGAUGAGGAAAGUAGCUUCAUGGAUGGGCCUCGCCCCAAGAAGAGGCGUAACACAGAGUCUCUUCAUCAGAAUGAUGUCGAUCUCGAUGCUCUUGACGAUUUUGACCCCACUGUCUCGCCUAAGACGAUCCACCUACUGUCGAUUAUCAACUCGCGCGAGGUGAGCCAGAUUCAGUUGUUGAAGGGCGUCGGUAUGAAGAAGGCUGAGGCUAUCGUUGACUGUCUCUGCGAGAUGGACCAGUCAUCGGUGAGCACCGAUGAUAUGGAAGUGGUUUCCGAUCAGCCUCAGUUCCAACUGAGCAGCCUGGCGGAAUUGAGCACAUUGAAGGGGGUGGGUGUUCGUACCGUUGAGAGCAUGCGCAGUGGGGUGUUGGUCUGA